CAGAGGCUCCCCGUUCAGAUUCAAGAUUCAUCUUAACUUCCUUCACGUCUUCAGAUUCAUUCAGACUUCAUUUCAAUUCCAUUCGAUUCUGAUCUCGAAACGAUCAAUCAAUCAAGCAUAAAAAAAAAAAUAUGAGCAAUCUGAGAACGAUUUGUAGACCUCACGCGGUGUUCUCGUCGAUCGCGUGCUGUUGCAGGGACCGAGCUCGGUCUCGAUCGAGAUCUGUCGUUAGGGUUUCGAUUCGGAACCCUAAUUCCAAGCCUCGUCUUUCUUCGCCCUCUGUGCUUUCUUCUUGGUUCGAUUCCUCUGACGUGCCCAAAUAUGAGCCCUGGGUGAGAUUGAAUCAGAGGAAGACGAUGGUUAGGGCGUCGAAAUGGACCGAAGCGAAAUCUCCCUACGAAACUCUCGAGUUGGAAAGGGAUGCUGAUGAAGAGAACAUAAAGUUAGCUUAUAGACGUUUGGCCAAGUUCUACCAUCCAGAUGUAUAUGAUGGUAAGGGGACCCUUGAGGAAGGGGAAACAGCUGAAGCUCGAUUCAUCAAGAUUCAAGCAGCUUAUGAACUGCUCAUGGAUGUGGAGAAGCGAAGGCAAUAUGAUAUUGAUAAUCGAGUCAACCCCAUGAAGGCAUCUCAAGCAUGGAUGGAGUGGCUUAUGAAAAAGCGCAAAGCUUUUGACCAGCGGGGUGAUAUGGCUGUUGCAGCUUGGGCUGAGCAGCAGCAGCGUGAGAUUAAUCUCCGCGUGCGCCGUCUUUCUCGUUCAAAGAUUGAUCCUGAAGAAGAAAGGAAGAUUCUGGCGAAAGAAAAGAAAGCAUCGUUGGAGAAUUUCAACAGCACCCUUAAGCGGCAUACGCUUGUCUUACGAAAGAGGGAUUUAAUGAGAAAGAAAGCAGAAGAAGAAAAGAAAAAGGUGAUUGGCCAGCUUCUUGCUGCAGAGGGCCUCGAGCUUGAAACAGAUGAUGAUGAGGCUGUGUAGGUGAUCAAUUGAUCAUGCACAUAUUGGGUCUCUCUGUCUCUCUUAUACAAAUACUUUCUUUUAUUUAAUUGGAUAUUAGAAAAAAAUUGUACAUAAUAUUGUUGCACAUAUUAGGUCUCUCUGUCUCUCUUAUACAAGUACUUUCUUUUAUUUAAUUGGAUAUUAGAAAAAAGAAGUUGUACAUAAUAUUGUUCACAGAUUCAAUAUAGAAAGGAAUGAAAGCGACCCUUCACA